UGUGUGGCUCAGAGACACAAUCUCCACAAUUGAUUCUGUUGGUAUUGGUCUUAUGGAUAGACACGGCGUUGAGUCAUCUUCAAGCCUUUCUAGAAGAGAAGAGGGUGGAAUAAAAGCAAUUAUAACAAGUCCUGCCUUUUUGACAUAUUCAGUACCAUAUAAGUUAUCAUGUGUUUCAGAAAAGUCGAGAGACAGGCUUCACUCCAGGUUCGGGAGUUCUUCUGCUGGAAAGACAGCUAGUCUCGCGAGACGUUCGUUUCUUGGCAAAGCGGUUGUUUGGACCCAAGAUGUUUCCUUGAGAAAGGAUCACAACAAUGAAGGUUCCUUAGCUACAAGGAAAGCUCCAGUGGUGACUAAAACCCAGAUGGUUGAGACAACAGUAAAGCCCGUAACCCAAACAGGCAACAGAUUGGCAGAUCUUUGCAUAGACAGUAUUAGAUUUCUAGCUAUAGAUGCUGUAGAAAAAGCGAAUUCAGGGCAUCCAGGUAUGCCAAUGGGAAUGGCUCCAGCUGCCUAUGUAUUGUUUGAAAAUUUCUUAAAGUUCAACCCCAAAAAUCCGUUUUGGGUUAAUAGAGAUCGUUUCGUUUUGUCGAAUGGUCACGGUUCAAUGCUCUUAUAUGCUUUGCUGUACCUUUGUGGCUAUGACUCGGUCACAUUGGAAGAUAUCAAAGAGUUCCGACAAAUUCAUUCUCGAACUCCUGGACACCCUGAAAAUAUAGAAACUGCAGGUAUUGAGGUGACGACAGGUCCUUUGGGCCAAGGAAUUGCAAAUGCCGUGGGACUAGCAGCUGCAGAAGCACAUUUGGCUGCAGUUUAUAAUAAACCUGGUCAUGAUUUGAUUGAUCACUAUACGUAUGUUUUUAUGGGAGAUGGCUGUGUGAUGGAAGGUAUCUCUAAUGAAGCAUGUUCAUUGGCUGGACAUCUAAAACUUGGAAAAUUAAUUGCUAUUUAUGACGAUAAUAAUAUUUCUAUUGAUGGAAAGACAGAUGUUGCUUUUUCGGAAGAUGUUGGUAAAAGAUAUGAAGCACUUGGAUGGCACGUAGUCACGGUUGAAAAUGGGAAUUUUGACUUGCAAGCUAUUUCGGAUGCAAUUCAGAAAGCAAAACAAGUUCAUGACAAGCCUUCUCUUAUUCGUUUGAAGACCAUUAUUGGAUAUGGCUCACCAAACAAGGCUAAUACAGGUGAGGUACAUGGAGCAGCUCUUGGAGCGGAGGAAGUAAAGUUAACAAGAGACAGCUUAUCGUGGCCAUUUAAGGAAUUUGAAGUUCCUGAGGAAGCUCUUCGUCAUUAUCGUAAACACAUUGAAUCCGGACAAAAAAUUGAGCGAGAGUGGCAAGCUAAAUGGGAGGCAUAUAAGAAAGCUUUUCCCGAAUUGGCUUCACAAUUUGAGAGGACAGUACUUCAUAAGAAACUUCCAGAUAAUUGGGAAAGUGUCUUAAUUUCUGCAGCUGAAAGAGGAGGUGAUAUGGCUACUCGUCAAGCAUCACAAGCAAUGUUGAACGCGUUAGCUCCAAUUAUGCCAGAACUUGUGGGUGGUUCUGCAGAUUUAGCUCCAUCUUGUUUAACUAUGAUGAAAAAUGUGCCUUCUUUUCAGCACAACUGUAGAGAAGGGCGUUAUUUCCAUUUUGGAGUUCGCGAACAUGCAAUGGGUGCAAUAUCCAAUGGCUUAUAUCAUCACAACACUGGUUUCCGUCCCUUUGCAGCAACCUUCUUUAUUUUUACAGACUAUAUGCGUGCAUCUAUUCGGUUAUCCGCUUUGUCUAGAGCCGGAGUUAUUUACAUUAUGACGCAUGAUUCUGUUGCAUUAGGUGAAGAUGGACCAACUCAUCAGCCUAUUGAGCACUUGGCAUCCUUUAGAGCUAUGCCAAAUGUUCAUAUGCUGAGACCAGCAGAUGUUACAGAAACUGCAGCAGCUUAUAUUGCUGCUCUAAAGUCAACAUCGACUCCAUCUAUACUGGCGUUAUCAAGGCAGAAGCUACCCAAACUAAAGAAUUCAUCUAUAGAAGGAUGUCUAAAGGGUGCAUAUAUAUUAUCUGAUAACACUCGAUCAGGUGGAUAUCCGGAUUUUAUAUUAACUGCGAGUGGUUCGGAAGUACAUCUUGUAGAGAUUGCAGCAGAAAAAUUGCGUCAAGAAGGCAAGUCUAUUCGAGUUGUUUCUUUUCCUUGUUGGGAGCUCUUCGAACAGCAGAGUAGAGAGUACCAAGAGUCUGUCUUUCCUUCCAACGUUGGAAAAGAUCGUCGUCUUGUUUGUGAGGCUGGUUCAAGUUUCGGUUGGGAAAGGUAUGUGGGUCAUAUGGUUAGCAUCGACCAGUUUGGAUUAUCAGGCAAAGGGAACGAUAUCUUGAAACACUUUGGUAUUACGGUGGAAAAUGUCGUGAAGCAGGUAAAGGCGGUUUUAUAAUUCGUCAAAACUCCUUAGCACCGUGCUUUUAUAACUUCCUG